AUGGGAGACAUCAUCUCUGCAAAUGCUGCUCUCCUGUCUCUGGCCCAACUUCAGCAUGCACAGAUGCAGCCCAUGGCGAAUGCCAAUGCACAGAAGACAACCCUCCUGCAGAACAACUUACCCCAAGUCAACCUUGCUAGUCCUCUGAAGAACCCUCUAUUACCUGAGAAUUUCUACAAUAGUCUGGAGUCUGCAUUGAUGUCCUCAUUUAACUCUCAAGACAGACUACAGACAGGGAUGUCCUUCCCUUCUUUUGGAACUCCCGGUACAGUGGCAAACACUCUACACCCCAUUCCUGGCGUCAGCUCAAAAGCUUUGCCUCUGGCACAAGGACUAACUGACUCAGCAGCAACAACUGGCAAGCAAACGAAGAAGAGUAGCCCCAAAAGGAAACGUUCCACAACACCCUCAACAGCAAGUCGUAAAAAGCCCCGGCCUGAAGUGGCAGAAGAGUGGAUUGAUGACAGAAUUCCCCAGGAGGGAUCAAACGAUUCAGCAGGCCAGGGAAGCUCGUGUCAGUCAGAGAGGGUAACUGGUGGUGAGGGAGGCAGAACUGGCAGUCCGCUGGGGUCAUCGUCACCGAGUCUUUCCCCAACUCCCAACAGACGAGGGCCUCGUGUGAAACUGCCCACCAGGUCCAGCCCUGUGCAUGCAAUUCACAAAGACAAAGGCAGCUUUGAGGAGGAAUCAGAUCCCCACAUGCUGCAGCACUACAGAUCGUCAUCCAACCUUCCAACUGGACGGUCGUCACCGUGGGAUCGCAUCCCUCCACACCCCUCACUUCCCAUGCCAGACGACGAGGCUGAUUCCUAUUCACCUCUGCUGAAGCUGCACGAGAUAGAAGAGCAGCAGAAGAGACAAGCUCAAACCACCACGAUGCCUAAAGAGGACAAACCUAAGCUUGUGUUUGAGAUCACCAGUGAUGAUGGCUUCAAAACAACUGCAGACACAAUUGAUGGUAACUGCCCUGGACCAGUUGUGGAGAAGGUGCAGGAGGCCAGGAUCAAUGCUCGCAUGAAGCAACUGUCCUUUGCUGCAGUGAGGGGUUGUGUCAUGCUGGGGAGGAUCCACCAGUCAACCCCAAUGGGUGCUGCAGAGCAGAAGUCUUGUCUAGACGGUCAAAGUUUGACAUGUUCAGCUGGCUGGCCUCACAGCACAGACAGCUCCCUGUCCUGGACUACAAUGAGGAGGAGGAAGAGGUCCAGCACAAAUCCACCAGGAGACCAACCAGUAUGGACCUUCCCAUGGCCAUGAGAUUCCGCUACCUGCGGCAGACAUCAAGGGAGGCUGUGGGUGUAUACCGUUCACCUAUCCAUGGGCGGGGCCUCUUCUGUAAACGCAACAUCGACUCUGGGGAGAUGGUGAUCGAAUAUGCUGGCAUGGUCAUUCGCUCUGUCCUCACUGACAAAAGAGAGAACUACUACAACAGCAAGGGGAUUGGCUGCUACAUGUUUCGCAUUGAUGACUAUGAAGUUGUGGAUGCAACCAUGCAUGGGAAUGCUGCUCGCUUCAUCAACCAUUCUUGUGAUCCCAACUGUUACUCACGAGUCAUCCAAGUGGAAGGCAAGAAGCACAUUGUCAUCUUUGCCAUGAGGAAAAUAUACAAGGGGGAGGAACUGACCUAUGACUACAAGUUCCCCAUUGAGGACCAGAACUCCAAAAUAGAUUGUACCUGUGGAUCUAAGAGGUGCCGCAAGUACCUGAACUGAUAGUUGGGAAGUGAAGGCAAUCCAAUUCAGACGUUUGUGGGAUGGGCAGACCAGAAAGUAUUUUUGUUUUUUGGAUGGGCAGACCGGAAAGUAUUUUUAAUCCUGUACUUGUGCUUUCAUUUUGAAUCCCAUAUUUUUGAUGGCUUUGAUGUUUCCUAUCAACUGGAAGAUUAGCAGCACCUCCACUGUGCACAUUUUGUUUCCACUUCACAGAUGCCUGUAUUGUUUUUAUUUUUGGGCUGUCCAUUCCCAGCUUAGUUAUGGGUUUAUAUUUUCUCCCUUCAAUCUAUUAUUAGUAAAGCCCCAAAUAGAAGUUUGACCCGUGUGUCAACUGCUGCCACACAAGAAAGGAAACGUGCAAUGGAGUGUUGUCAGAAGAAGGGCUUUAGACCCUAUCCUUUGUUAUGUGUGAUGCCAACUUAUGUGUACAGUCAAUAAUAUGCUGCUUUUGGAGACUUUUAUCAUUAUGAAAACCAAACAAAGACAGAUAAUAUGGCAAAGUGAGCAAGAUGUACAUGUACCUGGUUGUGUGGACUGGGUUUCUAGGGCUAUGCAUUGAGAUUUGUAUGAGUAAGGUGCCUGAUGUGAUGGAGCUGUGUCAGAUUUUUCCUUGUACUAUAGGGGAACCAUUUUUAGAAAUUAUUCUUACAUGAGAGAAAUAUUCUUAGAAAAAAUAGCAGACAAGAAAUUCUAUUGUCCUUCUCUGUAGUGAUAUCUGUGUUUUACACUUUUGAAGACAUGCCUGGUCGUUCUUAUUUUAAAACCAUCCAUAGGCUGUAGCGUUGCUAAUGAGUGAACAUGCAGCUGGGAACAUAGGAAAUUGUUUACUGGUAGGACAAAAUUUCUGUUUUGUAUUACAUAUACCACUAGACCAUCCAUGCUACCAUUUUUUGUGUAGCAGAUAGCAGAUGCAAAUUUCAGAGACUACGUGACCAAAAAAAAGCAUGAGCACAUACAUAGUGUCUGAUAUAACACAUUCUUAUGUUAUUAUCUGGAAGCAUUUCCUUCUGCAGCACAGUGAUGGCUCAAUUAUUCACAGAGUAUCAGAGGUGACCACAAUCAGCCCAUGUUCACAAAGCAUUUACAGCAUUGUAGCAUAUUUAGCAUUGGCCGAUCAGUUACAAAGAAAAGGUCUCGACAACCUCUGCCUGUCCAACCAUAUAGUCAGUAUCUUUUGUGAUGUGUCCAGCUCAGGAAAGUAAACCCAUGCAAGGUCCCAUACUUUUGUACAAUGAAGAUAUUUUAUGGUUGGUACUUGGCAUGUUUUUUUUUUAAAUUUCAGUGUUGAAAAGAACUUUUGUACAACUUACAAACUGCUGUAUUUAUGAGGCUUAGCUAGCGUGUGAUUGUAUUGUAAGGGCAGACAAUAAUUACGGAGAAUAGAUAUCAUAUUAAAAUGUUUUUGAUUGAAUCCAAUAUCUCUUCCAAAGAUAUCUGUAGCAUAGUAUCCUGAUACUGUCCUGAAGGACUGGUGUACAUAAGAUUUUGUACAGAGAAUCCGGAGAUAUUGAAUUCUGUGUAGUUUCUUCUGUUGGACAGUUUAACUAGAUUUUAAUUGUUUCGAUAAUCCCCAAUUGAUUACAUGAAGAUAAUUUGAUCAAUGCUUUGUUUCUUUUGUAUACAAUUCACCAAUAAAGAUUUUAUAUUGUAGAAUU